UCUGGAGGAGCCUCGGUGCCUCAGUCGCCCACCUGAAUGCCUUGGGUAUACAGCUGAAACGUCACAAUCCGCCCUCUGUACCAGGCGCCAGGCGCCAGUCGACAACAAUAUCCUACUGCUACAUCCAGCUCGCCCGUCCACAGGAGGAUGAACGCCAGUGGCCUUCUCUUACGCCCACUACACUGCGCCAACCUUGCUGCAGUCACAUGCCCUGGCGCAUCCAAGCCCAUCCACCGUAAGGUAAUUUCCUAUCCCAUAUCUAUACCGUUACAAAUACCAGAGCUGGCGAGCCCUGUGUUAUCCAGACCUCUCAGACCAAACCGAUCUCAUUUGCCGACAUUGCGCGCACUACGGCCACUUUACAGAGUCUCCCGACAAGUUCAAACCGGUGCCGCCCACACCCACCCAAGAACCGGAGCGAAAGCCAAUGAAUAUCAGCUCUCAGCUCGGCAACAACUGCUUUUGGCUCGGCCGCUUCUUCCAUUGUAUAUGCUCCUGAAUCUAUCUGUUGCUUUUGUUGUUCCACAAGAAAGAAGUGAAUCACGCCCAUGACAGUCUUCAUCUUCUCAAUGAUCAACACAACAUGGAGUGGCUGUACCACAUCGUGACGAGAUUGAUACCAGCGUUGGUCGUAUGUACCUUGGAACAGGAGUCCUCGCAUUGCAUGGUGGGUCCCGUUUGAUACUCCAA